AGACAGGCCACUACCAUUCACCAACACAAGCACGAUUAACACGUUAUUAAUGUCAGCAAGGUAAGAUCGCUGCUGCGGGGACUCGGAUCACUGGAAGUGGACCAUGGCGGCUGCCACGAGCAGCAACACAUCCACAGCCACGCUUCAGAUAAAGCACCCCAGUAUCGAGCAUACGCGGAAACGCAUAGACCCGAGGAGGAGGCAAGCGGCGCUGUCUUUUCUCAGCAACAUUUCUUUAGAUGGGCGCCCCGUGCAAGACGAUGCAGACAAUCAAAACGAAGAGGAUAACUCGCUCGAACCUAGGACUACACAGAGCCUGGUUUCCCCGGAGCGCUCGGCGUACGGGGCUGCAGACGCCGGAGUUGCUGCGGCAGCGGCGACCUCGGCCGCCCAGGCGCUAGCUUUUGCAAACCAGGCUCUCCUCGCCAGCAGUCGGGCUAGUUUUGGGACGAGUCCCGCAACUGCCCCGGCGGGUACAGACACGGAGGGAGACGCUUUCGUGUCCUCGACGUUCAGCUCGCCUUUCUCGGCUGUCCCAGCCUCGACUAGAGGGAGGCUGCAGACGUACACUCAGGGAAUCCUUCCUGCCUCCUAUUCCAGACAGUCCUCCCAAAACUACUGCCUGGAGGGCGGACAGAUAGCCAACUCUGCCAUAGAGCUACAGAGGUCAAGACGAAGACUCAUCUCUCAGCGCUCUUCGCUUGAAACGCUAGAGGACAUCGAGGAAAAUGCUCCUCUCCGCAGAUGCCGAACCCUAUCGGGUUCACCCCGACCAAAGAGCUUCAAGAAAGUCCACUUCAUAAAGAACAUGAGGCAACAUGAUAUGCGCAAUGGAAGGAUAGUCCUUAUCAGUGGCAGAAGAUCCUUCUAUAGUGUAUUUUCUGUCCUGCCCUAUCGAGAUUGUAGCCAAACAGGGGAUGUAAAGCUGGAAGGAGGGCGUCAGCGGCACCCUUCAGGAGGCGUCAGUGCCAAGGAGAUGGUAAUCGGGCUGGAGGGAGUGGAGUUAGGAGCAGAUGGAAAGACUGUAUCCUACACCCAGUUCCUGUAUCCCACUAAUGUGCUGGGUGGUCGAAGAAACACCAUCGACUCCACCUCUUCAUUCUCUCAAUCUCGUAACGCCAGCCACCGCAGCCUCAGUUUGGGCCGAGCCAACAGCAACCAGAGCAGCCUAGACACAGGGAAUGAUUUGGGGGACUUUCGCGAGUACGACCCCAAUCUGCUGGAUGACCCUCAGUGGCCUUGUGGAAAACACAAGAGAGUCCUCAUCUUCCCCUCCUACAUGACAACGGUCAUUGAAUACGUCAAACCCUCUGACCUCAAGAAGGACAUGAACGAAACCUUCAAGGAGAAAUUCCCCCACAUAAGGCUUACACUCAGCAAGAUAAGGAGCUUGAAAAGGGAGAUAAGAAAGCUGGCCCAGGAUGAAUGUGGUUAUGAGGAGCCCACUGUGGCCAUGGCUUUCGUCUACUUUGAAAAACUCGUUCUUCAAGGCAAACUAAACAAGCAGAAUCGGAAACUCUGUGCCGGAGCUUGUGUCCUUCUGGCGGCCAAGAUUGGCGGUGAUCUCAAGAAACAUGAAGUCAAACUCCUGAUAGACAAACUGGAGGAGAGGUUCAGAGUGAACCGCAGAGAGCUGAUAGCCUUCGAGUUUCCUGUCCUGGUGGCGCUGGAGUUCAACUUGCACCUGCCCGAACACGAGAUCAUGCCCCACUACAGACGCCUGCUGCAGACCUCCUAGCAUUAGUGAUCAAUCAGGAGGGUGACCACCAGGUUCUCCUCCUGAUCUGCUGCCCACGAUAUCCAUCCUCCCGUCUCUCUCCUCGUCGCUGUCUGACAGCUUCAAGGUACCGCUGGUUGUCUCUCAGCUGCAGCCGUUCAUCACUACAGACAACACUCUCCUUCCUCUCAGAGACCUGGAAUCAGCCAAAGGGACACGCAUUUUUAAACAAACAUUUUUUGAUUUCUACAAUGAUCAUCAUCAUCAUCACUACAUGGACUUGUGAAAGAAAGUGUUCAACCAUCUGCAAACAAGUAGUUUUUCUAGUUUGCAUGUUUCAGAUCUCUUCAUCUUCCGUUUGUAUAUUUUAGACCUCUCUUGUUGCUUUAGAGAGCUUUUUCCCAGUUUGAAUCUGAUGGUGAACUUUUUUUCUCCUAGUUAAAGCAACCAAUGAUUGUAACAUUUUUAUCAUCUCUUUUCAUUAAUCUCCUUCUUGUAAACUUUGGUAUGAUUGGUUGCCUCCUGGCCUGCAUAAAAUUUAAACAAAAGCCUUUUAAGAGGCUGGUUUUGGCUGGACUGUUAUUCUUCAGAGUGACUCAUCUUUUUGCAAGUCAUCAUCCUAAAAGUGCACUUUUUGAAUAUUGCAAGAUAUGGGAGGAACGGGGGACAUUUUUUCAGACUUUUAAUGAGCUUGGGAGCGAACCUUGGAAAAUAAGCUGUGUUCACAAGCACCACACAGGUCAUUUGAAUGGGCCUUUGAUUUGUUUUUAUUUCUUGUGUUUUAUUCACUACUUUCUAGCCACAACUAUCAGCAUGAAAAGAAAUGAUUGUAUGUACACAGGUACUUGCAAGACAAGAUGGGACUUCCUGUUUUCUCUGAAAUAUUCCAUUCAUUUUUCUACCAGUCAAAUGCUUGCCAUGGACUUUUAUCAGUGUCGAAUUUCCUGUGCUCUAUGUUAGAGUGUAUUGCUAGCACAUUUACAGUGCUAUAUUGGGGUGAAGAUGGUCGUUCUAAAGAGUUGUUAAUGAGUGCGAAAAUGCCAUUACCCAGUGAUAAGAAUUAGCAGCAGGGUGGCAGCACGGUGCUCUAGUUUUUAAAGAGAAUGUCCUUUACCUGGUACUUGUGGAUUAAGUCCCUGUGCCAGUAAUUGUCCUCCUGCUGAACUGUCCUUGAGCAAAACACAGAUUCCCUUCAGGCUUAAGGGACUGUGCUCUUCAGCUGACCCUGACCUCUGAGGAGUAGAAAAAUCUAAAGGAGAUCCUAAGAGGGAUCAAUGAUGGCUCAGACAUUUGCAUAUAACUUGAAUUAGCAGUUAUUGAUUUGAAAUCUAAGAUGUUUAAAAAAGAAAACAAUGAAAAUUGGGGGGGAAAAGUGCCAAUGUGACCAAUUUAAAAAACUGUUAUUCCAAUUAUUUGGCAUGGGUCUCAACUUGAUUUUCUUUUUAUUACCUUGAAAAUAUCUCACAAUACCACAGAGUAUUGAGAGGCUACCAAAUCAGGAACAUGCAGUAAGCCUACUUUAAAAUAGUAUUUAAUGCUGCUCAAGUAUUGAUGCUUUUUGAGUUGAAAUGAUCAAGACUUAACCAAAUUUUAAUAAGGAAAGCAUGGAUUUUUUUCUGAUUUAAGGUGAAAAAAAAAUACUGAGCUUCUUUCUGUUUGCAAGCCCAAAGAUUCCGCUGUAAGACGCACACUAAAUAAUCUGUGAGGAAAGACUCACGGGCGAUACUUACUACCUGUGUAUGUUUGUAAAUAAAUUG